UGGCGAACAUCGUCGCCUUAGUCGCGGGCUUGCGCUGAAAGUGGAUCGAGCGAGGUACCGUGAGCGUGAACAGUGUAUCAGCAGCUCUCGAGGCCGAAUGGUUGGCCUCGCCAACCCCUGAAACGGUCGUUCUCUCUCUCUCUAUCUCUCUCUCUCUCUCUUUCUUUCUCGUUCCCACCAGUUCUCACCCUCCUGGUCGCGUGCAACACUUAAACGGCCGCCAUCGCAAACGGGUCCGUCGAAACGUUAAAGGAUAUACCCGUUAAUCGUGCAAGGAUACCACCCCAACAUGAAGUGUGCUCACGUCCUCGUCGUUUGCCUCAUGGUCGUUCUCGGUUAUUAUGGGGUAUACGGGAUGCAGUGUUACAUAUGUAACAGUCACAACGACAGUCGUUGCGCCGACAAGGAUCCUCCGGAUGCCCUUAAAAGAGAUUGCUCCGAUCUCAAGGACGGCGCAAAGUACACGAUGUGCCGAAAGAUUACGCAAGUCAUCGAGUUUAGCGUUAAUGGACUUCCACCCGACAGCCGGGUGAUAAGGGGUUGCGGAUGGGACGAGUCGAACUACAAAGGGAGGUGCUACCAACGAAGCGGUUUCGGUGGCCGUCAAGAGGUCUGUUCGUGUCUGACGGACUACUGUAACGGAGCCAUGCCUAACGUUCCGUCAUCGAAAUCCUUGAUUCUGACGUGUGUUCUGGCCACUGUAUUGCUGGCGUACAUGCGCAAUUAGCUCCAAGAAUGUUAACACUCUCUCCCCCCCCCCCCAAAAAAAAAAAAAAUAAAAAUAAAAAAAACAAACAGACGACGAAGGGAUGCGUUCGAGAUCGUUAGUAGCUACACGCAGCAUCGACCUCGCAUACUCGAGAAACGGAAAGAGACGAGUCGACAGUACAAUGGAUUCUAGAGGAAGUACCUUUUGAUCUCUCGUCGCAGAUAAGAGGAGCAUCACGACAGCCAUUCCUCGAACGCGAAAAGCCCCGUGAACAGAGUUCUUUUCCGUUUGUAUCCUUGGAAACCGAGGGUUAGGAGCCAGGUGCUGUCACAGGGUGGGCCAUUUGGCACAGAGGCCUCGGAUUUAGACGAAAAUGAUAUGAUCGUGGAACUCGUAUGCUUUCGUUGUCCUGAAUGCUGACGAUCUCGAAGUAUGUACUCGAGGGAACGGAGGAGCCACCCGACAGGGGAUGGAGUUUUAAAUUUAAAUGUGCAAAGGGUGCAGUGGCUUCCUCCUGUCCAUUGGUUCGCCCUAGGAGGAACUUCUGUCCAAGCUUGACCACCUCUGGGUUCGCUCGAAUCCCCAUCGAACUUAAAUCUUAUCUGGUUGGAGUUAGACGAAUUCGUAGCAUCUAUGGAAGAGACGUAAUGAUAUUUAUAUACUUCAGCUAGACCUGGGCAAGUUUGUAUUGAAAUGAAAGGAAGAAGUAACUACUUGAAGUAACUUAUUUCGAAUCAUUAUUUUCAAUACGGUCAUUUAUAGAUAAGUACUUUAUCUUAAAUUUAACGAAAUAAAUAAUCUUCAAAAUAAUAUUAUUGUUAAUAAUAACCAUUAACAUAUUAUUGAAACAAUUUCAAAUGAUCGUAAGAUAAACGAACCUGUUAUUAGUUUCAAGAGUGCCCAGGUCUGAUUUCAGCUUACGAUAAAUAGACGUAGGAAGAAGGGAGGACGUAUGGAUGUGUAGAAAUGUAGAAAGAUGAGAAAACACGUCAACGACCACGUAGUAAAUGUAUACCUGCCUAAUAUCACACAAAGAGAGUCGAAUGGUUUUCAGGAAAAAACGCCCCCCCCCC